AUGCCAGCAAAGGAGACGUCUUUGUAUGGUAUCGAGAAGCAGCGCAAGCUCGCAGGCGGAAAAGAGAUAUCUUCCUCCACUAGCCUCUCCUUUACCUCUCAGCUCAGCUCCCUGAUCAACUCGGGAGGCUCGGGCGCGAAGUCAGCGACUGGGCGAUCCAAGUCGAGAAAGGAAGACAUCUUCGCCACUCACAACAGGAACACUGCGAAGCGCGCCAAGCGCGACCUCGAGGACUCAUCUGCCGUUGAACAGAAGCACACCCCCAAUGGCGAAGUGCUUGACAGUCGGCUAUGGGAGCGCAGCAAGAAGAAGAUGGAGGAGAAGGCAAGGUUGUAUGCUGCGAUGAAGCGAGGCGACGUGGAAGAUGCGGAUGAGCGCUAUGCGGUCGACUUUGACCGAAAGUGGGCGGAGACGGAAGAAACGGGCGACGAGGAGCUUGAGGAUGGUGAGGACGAUGCGGAGGAAGGACCACAGGACAUAGUAGAGUAUCUGGAUGAAUUUGGCCGAACACGACAGGGUACAGCGGCAGAAGCUGCGCGGGCUGAGCGCGCAAAGCGUGAUACAGAGCAGGCGAAGAAUGAUGGCUUCACCGCUCGACCGUCUGCGCCUACCAAUGUCAUUUACGGUGACACGAUCCAGCAUCAGGCUUUCGACCCAGAUGCGCCCAUUGCUGCCCAGAUGGAAGAGUUGGCGCGGAAACGGGACAAAUCGCUCACACCGCCGUCCGAGGAGCAUUUCGACUCGAAUCGAGAAGUCCGAACGAAAGGCACUGGCUUCUUCCAGUUCAGCGCUGAUGCUGAGGAACGCAAGCGGCAGAUGGAGAAUCUGGAGCGUGAAAGGGCUCAGACGGAAAAGGUGCGACAGGAGAGGGAGGCGAAGCUGGCGGAGCGCAAGAGACAGCUUGAAGCACGGAGAGCAGCGAUCAAUCAGCGACGAGGCAAGAGGAAGGCGGAUGACUUUCUUGAGCAGCUUGGUGAGGAACUCGGGAUGCGGCAGAGCCGAGAAGAUGCGAGUACCGAAAUGACUGAACGGAUUGAGGCUGCCGUGCAAGCUGAAGCGGACGAGACGUGA